CCUACCUUAACCAUCAGCCACAACACUCGUCAUUUCCGGAGCCUUCCUAAAGGUUCAAAGAGGACACCCACCACAGAGACUCUCUCGGAAGCGAACCCUCUCGCGGCAUCUUCUCAUGCGAUAGCAAUGGGUGCGAGUGAUUCAAAGCUCGUUUUCAAACGGGGCAUUUUUCGUUUAUCAGAAGAACGGCAUAUCCCAGCGGAUGAUGCAUACUGGACCUCUGUUCGUCGCCUGCUCCACCCAAAGUCCUACUCUACCUUUCCAUGGAUAACUCAUUUACUGACAUGAUAUCACGCAGUUUUGGGAGCUUCCUGAGUCUUCUGAGGAUGUCUUUAGUUUAUUCACACCUGCCGACAUUCGAAGAACUCGGGAUCGAGCACCCGAGAACCUAGAAACCCUCAUCCUCGCCAUCACUUCUCGUUUAUUCAUACUACGUCAUCACCCAUCUUUCCCUGAUCCUGAACUUGCUCCAGAACGCGAGGCCCUGAACUGUAUCCGAGUACUCACACGUAUCUUGCCUUAUUUAUACGAAAAGGAAUCCCUCAGUGACUGGGAGCAACAGUUUUUCUGGGCUCAACGAAGGAAACGCACCCGGCAUGGUGCUAUCGCCAACGAGAUCCUCUUUGACGAAGCUCAGGAGGUUGAGCGCAAGACACAAACUGCCGAGUUUGAGGAGGUUAAACCACUCGCUGAAGAGCUGGUAGACACGCUGGUCGAUCUGCUAUUCUUUUCUGAUCUUACUUUACCACGACAGCCCAAUGGCCGACCGAAAGUUAGCUAUGCGAUUUGGCAGAGUGGAGUAGGUUGCAACACAGCUGUUGCAACAACAAAAGAAUAUGAAAGCAAUCGAUCAGAGAUUCUGCGGCUUCUCUUGACGCUUUCUGGCCAGAGCCUGUAUAUGACUGCUGGUGUCCUACCGCAGAACGGCGUACGGACGUUAACACACUUAUGCGCUUGUCCAGAUAAGCAAGUCGUGCUCUCUGUGCUUUGUUCCCUACUCAACACAACGUUGAAAUACAACCCUGCUACGUGGCGCGUACCUUAUAACACCCUUGUAUUCAAGGACGGCAAGCAGAUGCUUGUGACAUACUCACUACAGUUCCUCUUGGUGCUCUUGUUGUACCCUAUUCCUGAGAACCCAGAGAACCCAUCGCCUAAACACUCUUAUCGUCACUUUCUAGGCCGACUCCACCGGCCCCAAGAUUUUCAGUUUAUUGUUGACGGAAUGACUCGAAUUCUAAACCAACCACUUCAAGAGAAGACUUCAUAUCUUCCAGGUUCUCAGUCAUCUGGCCACUUUGCCCCCGAGAUACUAAUGUUAUUCUGGGAGAUCCUUCAAUGCAACAAAAGAUUCCGAUCUUUUAUCGUGGAUACCGAAAGAGCGCAUGAUUUUGUUGUCCUAGCCCUGUUCUAUGCUCUUGAGUAUAAAAAUGAUGCUACUAAGCAAGGAGUUGUGCGCAUGUGCGCUUUCUUGCUCCAGACUCUAAGCGUGGAGACUAACUUUGGCGUCAACUUGAACAAGUACUUCGAGGGGCAGGAGAGUCUACCAAUGUCUAUUCGUGUACCGGGAUUCCGGGGGACCUAUGCGGACUUCCUUAUCCACUCAAUCUACAAUCUGAUCACGACAAGUCAAGGGAAGCUAUCGGCGAUAUACCCAGCUCUGUUGGCGGUGAUUAAUAACAUCGCACCUUAUCUUGAGGGGCUGAGUAGCACUAGCAGCUCAAAACUGAUGCAGCUGUUCUCUUCCAUGUCCUCGCCUUCGUUUCUACUUGCGAAUGAGACCAAUCACGCUCUUCUCCACUCGCUGCUGGAAUCUAUUAGCUCAAUACUCGAGAAUAAAUACCAAAAGAACCCUGAGUUGGUGUUUACUAUCCUCAAAAAUAAGAAGAGGGUUGAAGCCUUGCGUUCAUUCACUCUGGAGAGUGGUCAAGAGGAAAUUGAGAGAAGAAACAGAAGAAGAAAGGAUUCUGGACACCAUUUUGAUCCAUUCGAUGCUGCAUCUGUGCGCAGCUCAGUUGACAGCUUGAGGAGUCCAAACAGCGCCCAGCCACGGCACUCGUCAUUGGAAGAAGUUCCAGAAGACGGUGCCUUCGCGAUUGGAGACGAUGACGACGACGAUGACGAUGACAGUGACGAUGAGGAACGACAAGAGACUCCUGCACGGUCAACGUCAAGUGAAGCCCCGUCCCGGAGGUCAUCGACCCCCAACGUUGAGGAUGCCGUCCCAACUCAAUUGCGAGGGAUGUCCGAGAAGGCUCGUGGCAAGAUGCCAGCGGGUGUUCCAACCUUCUCGCGGCAAAACAGCACCACCAGCCUAGGCGGGCGCUCGAUAUCAGGACAAUCACAGGCAGGGGCAUUUGAGCCUACGACCCACUGGAUCGACAGCUGGCUGCUCGAACUACCUCUCCACACAAUCCUGGCAGUCAUUCAACAGGUGUCUGCCCUCUUACCGCGACAAGAAUUGGCAGCCGAUAUACCAACACCAGAAACACUACGACGAAUUUCAGGUGUCCAUGUUGUUGGCAUUGAGCCAUCGGCUCCCCGUGUACAUUCUUUCGAAUGGUCCCAGCUCGCGUUGGGUUGGUAUGAGUCUCUGCUAUGGGGAGUUAUCUUUACAAACGAGAUGCAGGUUUCCAGAGGAACCAUGGGCAUAUGGAAUGGUACUGCUAUCAAGCUUUUCAGGGUUCAAGAAACAGCCCCAGAGGGCCCAACACUGACCUCCCCUCGAGGGGCUGUUGACGCUGUUGGUAGCAACAUUGUCUCGCGGAUAGGGCAGAUCAACCUCCGGGGCGGGCCGCAGGGAAACAGCCAGCCGCCACAGCGAAACAAUUAAGGGGGACACAUGAAGAGUUCGACAAGGGCGUUUCCUCGACAACCCUUCGUUGAGCAAUUAGAACUUUCUGCACUGCUUGGCAACUUUUCCUUGAAGAGGGAGCGCGUCCGAAAGCUAAGCAGAUGCUAGCAUGAAGCUAUUGUUUCAUGAUCUGCCAUUGUUGAUUCCAACGGUGUUCAUCAUGUAGGAUAAGAGAACGAAUGGUACAUGGGAAGCGAAUUGGCGGGGUAGUCUAGAAACAGGCGUUUGGGUAUGGAUUGGAGUCAAUCAAAAACUCGCAUUUGCAUCAGAGCGGCUCAGUUCAUGCUGUUUUCUAUGCACAUAAUCACAUGCGCAAUUCGUCCUCGUCUCAUCAGCUGGUGUUUCAAGUUUUGACUCUGGCGCAGCAGCUAACAUGUGGCGUGUCGAGAUGGAGGUGGCUAAUUUGACUCAGGACCAGCCACAGCCAACAGGAUCUAGGAAACCCCCUCCUGGACAGUUCCACACCGAUUCGAUUCCUUGUUUUCAAAAGCAAAAGUUGGCAGAAGUAGGCAAACAACGUGAUUUAUGCCAGCAAAGCCGCAAAGUCAAAGCAAAGCCACGUCUAAUGCCUGGAGUGAUCAUUUCCGAAGAGUGCAAGGGGGACUCGUACGCACCGCCACCGCCGACCGGGGUUCUUCACUUUCACAGCCAAUCACAAGCCGUCCCGGACCAUUUGUGCCGUGUUCCCCAUACGCUAAAGCCACA